AAUUGGGACGGUUUUUGAUCAGUUUCGACCGGAGUGUACGGAGUUUCGAAUCGGCCGCGAUGCAGACUCGUUGGAUUGUUUGCGCCUUGGGGAUCCUGGCGGUUCUGAGCCAAAUUUCUGUAGCCGAUCCCAUCGAUACUGCCCCGGCUAAGUCAGUUCCAGAAAAGCAACCGGUAGUUGCUGCCGAUGAGGAUCAAUUGAGGUCAAGCAUCCCGGGAGUUCCAGCCGAUUCUGACGAUUUCUUCAAACAAGAAAAGAAGUACAUAGUGAAAUGCGAAUCGGGUGAAAAGCAAGAAUUCUUCGGUGCUUGGCGAAAUUGUCUGGAUCUCAAAUACCAAUUUGCUACCGUCGAGAAUCCCAAAGACAGACGCUUGCUGUACAAGGCCCUGGAAGAGGUAGACGAAUAUGUGCACAUCAGUGGAACCGAUCUCGGCAAAGAGGGACUUCCGGUUUGGUUCACGAAUGGCCGUGUCGUUGAUAUGAACCGCAUCGGAUGCGAUCCGGAUGAUAACCCUCCCCGGGGUGGUAACGAUAACAACGAGUGGCGUGAUUGUUUGUCCGUCAAACGUGACGAUGAACUGAACAACUUCGUCUGUAAAUGGGAAUCUUGCCAAAAAUCGCGGUGCUACGUUUGCCAAGAUUACCUGACGUAAUGAGGGAAGACUCAUUCGGUAGAAUUAAUUGAAAUAUUUUUCUAUUAUGAUCGAAAUCAGUAAGUUUGCUCGUUUGAAUCUAAAGAUAAGGUUUUUAAAAGACUAUUAACAAGGAGUGGAAAAUCUAUGAUUGUUUGUAUUAAUGAUUAGGUGAAAAAUGUAUGUGUAAAAUUACCUUAUGGUAGUAUCUUUUAAUAUUGUAAGAAUUAAAAAAAUAACUUGCCGCUUUAGGAAUGCAACGUUGUUCAAUUUUUAGAGUUUUAUAACAAUUGUGAUCUAACAAGUAUAGUUUACUUGGAAUUGUUC